UUUGCUUUGUCGCGUUGUAAAGUUAUUUAUCGUAGAUAUUUUUUGUCAGUUUACUCAAGUGUCAUGUAAAAUAUGUGUUUAUACAUAUAACAAACCGAUUUUUAUUGCAAACCUUGAAAUUAAAGGUUUAAAUAAUCGCUCCGGGUGAAGUUGCCGUGUCCUCGUCUGUCGCAGACAUGGUUUUGUGGGAAAGUGUUUCUCUUCUUGUUUUACUCCGGUGUUUUUCUGAAACGUCAAGCUCUUCGGUUAUCACAGUUGAUGUUGGAAAACCAGAAAGAGAACUCGAACACUUCUGGAGGAGCACGGGUUUCUGCCCCCCUCUCCCCCACAGCCAGGCUGACCAGUUUGACCUGAGCAUAGACCAGCAGCUGAAUCUGGCCUAUGUGGGUUCAGUCCCACAUGGAGGGAUCCAGCAGGUCAGGAUCCACUGGAUGUUGGAGCUGGUCACAGCACAAGAUAUUGAAGGAAAACCUCAGUAUAACUUCACUAAACUGGAUCAGCUGAUAGAGCUCUUGUGGGUAAAUGGACUCCAGCCAGAUAAAUAUGGGCUGGGAUGUGUUUCCCUGUGGAACUUUGAAACGUGGAACGAACCCAACAACCACGACUUCGAUAACGUCACUGUUUCGAUUCAAGGGUUUCUAAACUACUAUGACGCGUGUUCGGAGGGGCUGCAGGCUGCCAGCAAACUCCUGAGGUUUGGAGGUCCAGGAGACUCUUGUCAUUCGCCUCCUCUCUCCCCGUACUGCUGGGCCAUGCUGCAGCACUGCUACAACGGCACCAACUACUUCACAGGAGAGACGGGGGUCCGGAUCGACUACAUCGCCCUGCACAAGAAGGGAGGAGGUCAGUCUUUGCCCAUCCUCCAACAGGAGGUGCAGACAGUAGGAGAGAUCCAGGAGCAUUUCCCCGGGUUCAGCAGCCUCCCUGUUUACAACGAUGAAGCAGAUCCUCUAGUGGGGUGGUCCAGGCCUCAAGAGUGGAGGGCUGAUGUGACCUACGCUGCGAUGGUGGUGAAGGUGAUAAAGCAGCACCAGGAUCUGCUGCUGGCUGACCCAAACAACACUGUCAACUACACGCUGCUGAGCAACGACAACGCCUUCCUGAGUUACCACCCUCACCCCUUCACUCAGCGCACACUGACCGCUCGCUUCCAGGUCAACAACACCCACCCUCCUCACGUCCAGCUCAUCAGGAAGCCCGUCCUCACCGCCAUGGGCCUGCUGGCUCUGCUAGGUGAGACCCAGGUGUCGGCUCUGGUUCUAAACUCAGGAGGUGAACAAAAUGGGACUGUUGGAGUUUUGGCCAGCAGCCACAGGCCUGCAGUUCUGGGUGGUUCUGACAGCUGGCAGGCUGCAGUUCUGAUCUACAACAGUGACGACAACAGCACCUCCAACCACACUGACGAGGUCACCGUCACACUGAAAGGCCUGGCCGAGCAAAAAGAUCUUGUGUAUGUCACAUAUUACAUGGACAACAAUGUAACCAACUCGUACCAGCUUUGGCAGAGCAUGGGCCGCCCCGACUAUCCCACAGCAGAGCAGUUCAGACGCCUCAGGAGUGUGGAGGACCCUCGUGUUGAAGGACCCUUUAAAGUUCCUUCUGGCAACAUUUUGACUCUGAAUGUCAAACUCCCUGUUCCCUCCAUCCUCCUCAUCCAUGUUUGUGCCCUUCCCAAAGCUGCACCAGACCAGGUCAACGGGUUACGCUUCAUCAGCAUCACCAGAGGACAAGUCCUUAUUGUCUGGUCUGAUCACUGUGUUGAUUCAAGAUGCAUCAAGACAUUUGAAGUAGAGCUUUCUGCUGAUCAAAAGGAGUUUAGAAGAAUUAAUCCAGAGGACACUAUUUUUACUUCUUAUGUUUAUUCACCAGUAGACCAGGAGGUCGGGGGUCUGUACAGAGUCAGAGCUGUGGACUACUGGGGGAGACCUGGGCUAUACUCUCUGCCUGAGAGGUUUUCAGAGCAACAGUCGGCGUAAUGCAGUUAUUUUGUACACAUCAGUCAGCUGGUUGUGCUCUGUGACUCUCACUGCAAGGUUUACUUGGGAUUGGCUGAGCCUCAUCCAAUCCUAAACCAUGUUCUGACUGAAAUACAGGAAAUGAGUAAAAAUUGUAAUUUUAACAAUUUUAUUUCUGAAGUUCA